AAGCAACCAUCCCGGAAGUCGCGAUUCCGGGGCGGGCGCCGAGCCGGUGGAAGAUGGCGGAGGGCGGCCGCGCGGAGCCCGAGGAGCCCGAGAGAGGGUCCUCGAGGCCGCGGCCCCCGAGUGCGCGGGACUUACAGUUGGCCUUGGCAGGGUUAUAUGAAGAUGAAGUGAAAUGCAAGUCUUCCAAGCCUAACAGAUCUACAGCUGCAGCCUGUAAGAGCCCAAGAACAUUGCCGCAUCGGCUUUAUUCAGGUGAACAGGACUAUGGUGGAUUACAUAUAGUUCAACCUCCAACUGGGAAAAUUGUGAAUGAACUUUUCAAAGAGGCAAGGGAACAUGGGGCCGUCCCUCUAAACGAAGCCACAAGAUCUUCAAGUGAUGACAAACCUAAGUCAUUUACAGGUGGAGGGUACAGAUUGGGCAGUUCCUUCUGUAAGCGGUCAGAAUAUAUCUAUGAAGAAAAUCAGCUGCAAGAUGUUCAGAUUUUACUGAAGCUGUGGAGCAAUGGUUUCAGUUUAGAUGAUGGAGAAUUGAGACCUUACAAUGACCCAACAAAUGCUCAGUUUUUGGAAUCUGUUAAGAGAGGAGAGAUUCCCCUGGAGCUUCAGCGACUGGUCCAUGGCAGCCAAGUGAGUCUGGAUAUGGAGGAUCAUCAAGACCAAGAGUACAUAAAACCCAGGUUGCGAUUCAAAGCUUUUAGUGGAGAAGGACAGAAACUUGGAAGCCUUACACCUGAAAUCAUCAGUACUCCUUCCUCCCCAGAAGAAGAAGAUAAAUCAAUACUUAAUGCGACUGUUCUUAUUGAUGAUUCAGUGCCCACCACGAAAGUUCAGAUCAGGUUGGCAGAUGGCAGUCGCCUGAUACAACGAUUCAACAGCACACACCGGGUUUUGGAUGUCCGAGACUUUAUAAUACAGUCACGUCCUGAAUUUGCAACAACAGACUUUAUUCUUGUGACUUCGUUUCCAAGUAAAGAGCUAACAGAUGAAAGUCUGACCUUACAAGAAGCAGAUAUUCUUAAUACCGUGAUACUCCAACAGCUAAAAUAGUAUUGCUCCAACCCAUGUAGAAAUAAGUAAUGUUGUACAUAUUAGUAAAAAUAUACUUCUAGGAUAAAAACUACCAAUUUAUUUUAUUAUUCAGAUAAAUCUGUUUUUGUUGUUGCUCUGUCUUCCAGUGUUGUGUCUAGAUAAAUUUAGACUAUGGAUGUUUGAAUUUUUAGUUGCAGAGCUGGCUUAUAUUGAUAGCUGUAAACAUCUAGGUCAACUAACUUACUAUAUGCUCAGUGUCAGUGUAAUACCAUUUUCAGAUUAAAUGAAUAGAACCCCUUUUGAUAAAUGCAUUUGGUAAAAUAUGUACUCAAGUUUUUUAAUGCAGUGAUGACCAGUAGCCAGUUUGGAUCCCUUUUCUGUAAUAUAUACCAGAGUGUCUGCUCUGAUCUUGAAAUUGUUUGAUCAUACAAUAAUUAAGAUUUUUGUGUAUUCUUUUCACAUAUUGUUUGAACUAUAUUAGUAUCACAGAAUAUAUUUUGGCCUUGUAUUUUAUAAAAUCACAGCUCAUAAACUGAAUUUUAAUAGAUGUAAAAGUCAUCAGCUCUUGAGAAUUCAUGAAAAUUGCACUUUAAAAUCAAGAAAGUAUUGUCCUUGCAGAACCUGCCUUGAGCACUUUCAUUGGUUUUGGUUCAUUAACAUUUUAAUAGUGAACACAGAAGAGGGGACACAUACAUAGAAACACUGUUGUAGAUGUGCAAACCAAUGUAUUCUUCAGUGUAUGAACUCAGUCUGAGAGACUGGAGCAAAAAUUACCAGCAAGGUGUUUGUGUUUCCCUUAUCCAGGCAUGUCUUGAAUGAUGCGGGCUGUUAUCCGGAACAACAGAAAAGUAUGUUUCCCCCUUAGACAUCAUUCUAUUGUUAGUCACCAUUUCCGUGUGAUUUUCUGUUAUUGACAUAAGAAAAUACAGAAUUUGUGACUGAUAUGCACAGGUUUAUUAUCUUAAAAUUGUGUAGGAUAAAAUUGAAAACAAGAUUCUGUGUGCUAGAAUCGAGGUGUUGGUAAGACUGCAUGCAGGCUCUAGAGACUCAUUCCCUAGCUGCUGAGCCUCCAGAGGCCACCUGUGUUCCUUACCCAUGGUGCUAUCCCUCCCUCAUCUAACAGCCAGCACUUGCAUCCCUCUGAGCCUUUGGUAAUUACAGUGUUCUCAGUUCGAGGACUAUAAGAUGAGAGAGGAUGCACAUGAUCAUCUCCGAAUGUUAACUUGAUAGUCACCUUAAUCAUCCUUCAGAGUUGCUCUUUCCCAUUUCAGUUACACCUUCAUGAGAUUGAGGGGAUUAAUAUGGUUGCUGACCACAGCCCACACUAUCUCUGAUUUACCCAAAUAAACUCACCCCAUCUCUUCAGAGGUGCUCAGAAAUCUCAGCAUAUCACAUGGACUCAGUCCAAAACCUUAUCUGCAUUUCAUUGGUUCAGAAAUCCCAACUCUCAUUAAGAUGAUCUAAAUUAAGUGGAAAUUUCCUCUCUGCCUGUGACACUAAAAAUGAAUUAUCUGCUCACAGGUAAAUGUCAGGACAGCGAUAAACUAAGCUAUAAACAUUGAUGUGUAAAAGGCAGGAAACAGUCAAAAGUGGAGCCACUGUUACCGAGGAGCUUGCAAAUCCAGCCAGACAUCCCAUCAAUGUUUACGGCCCAACAUUAAUGUGUAGCUCUCGUAACUUAGUCCUUUGAGUUUUGAGUGUCUGCAUCAUCUUCCUUUUACAGAAGCCACGCAGCUUUCUUCUCAUCCUGUGUUGUGUCUUUCAUUUUACAAUAGCAGCACUGUCAAGAAACUCAAUGAUCUGUGUGCCAUAGAGGUUAGCUCCAUUGAACAGGGAGCUCUCCCAAACGUCGUUCUACUAACAGAAAUCAUCCCAUCUCUUAUUUUUAGUUUCUCCGAGAAAGUACAGCUGUGUCACACUCAUGAUCUCUUUGAGAGCCUUUUGCGUGACUGAACAUGCAAACCAUUUUGUUACAUGCGUGGUGUGCAUGUUUGUGUGCCUGUUUAGAUGUGUGUUUGGGAGAAGCCUGAAGUUGAUGUUGGGAUCCUCCCUUCAUCUCUUUUCACCUUAUCCAUUCAGGCAGGGACUCACUGGUACAGCUAGUCUGGCUAGCAUGCUCCAGGGAUUCCCUGUCUCUACCUCCUGAGUGCUGGAAUUGUGAGCAGCUGUCCUACCCAGUCAGUUUGGCCAGCACUAGCUACUGAGCCAUUCCCAGCCCUUUGUGUUAUAUAAGGGAUGUACAGCCGCAACCUCAUUUCUAUACAUCGGGCUUUCCUGACAGUAUUGCCAUUUUUAAAACACCUUUCUUAAGUGCUUGUUGAUUGGCAAACUGAGAAUUCCACUAAGCCCUAGCUUCUUUUUAUAUAUAUGUAUCACCUUUUCACAUGGUGUUUCUAUUUACUAUGAAACUUUAUACUACAACUAGGAAGAAUAAAACAGGUUAAAGCUUACCUGAAAAUUCCGGCUUAGUCUUAAGGUUAUCAUGUACAAAUUCUGCUUUGCACAUAACUGUGCAACUAAGCCAAGCUUCAGUUUUCCAUCAAUGGCUUCGUCAUUCAUUCUCUGAGCCCUCAGUAGUAGGACUUUUAAUGUCAUCGCUUUCUAAAGACUGUUCAUGACCACUUAGAUACUCUUUGGUGUUUUAGGUUUUCUCUAUCAAGUAUUAACUCCCUUCUGACCCUCUCCAGCUGUAUCCUGUUCUUCUAACACUCUGAAUAAGGCAGUCUUGACUCGUCUGUCAUUGUCCUCAGAACUGCCUUGGCCUCCACACUGAGGCCACAUGUAAUCCAAAACUGGAAUUGUCCCAGCAGCCGACCCUACUCCCUCCUGGUUGGCUAAGAUGUGCUGUAGGACACCUAGAGAUCUCUGGUUAUUGCAAGGAAGUGAACUGGAAUUUAUGUUUUGUUUUGUUUUCUUGAGAUAGGGUCUCACUAUAUAUUACUGGCUGGUCAGGCAUUCACUAUGUAGACCAUGCUGACCUUAAACUCACAGAGAUCUGCCUGCCUGUGCCUCCUAAGCACUAAGACUAAAGACUAUAGUUACCUGUGAGCUAAGAUUUAAAUACUGCUAGUGUUACUACAAGAUCUCUAUGGAGAAUUUUCUCUAUCAUAUAGGAAAAAAAAAGACUUCAAAAUCUUUUCCUUCACAAUAUAGAACCAACCCUGCUCCUUUCUCCUUUGUUAAACACAAUUAGGAUAACAGCUGAAGUUUAAAAGGAUUACCAAUGCCAGCUGUGGACAUACAUGCCUGAUAUCACCACGUCAGACCUAAGGAAAGAUCACUGUGACCUAGGGGCCAGCCUUGGCUACACAGUGUGAGACUGCCUUAAAAACAAAAACAAAAAAAACAGGUAAACUGCCAUUCAAGAUGGUGCAGAAAAGUAAGGGCUGGAAGGAUGGAAUCAGCAGAUGGAGCAGAGGUGAGAACACCUGCCAGGAAUCCCAGAGCAGAGGUGAGGAGACCACUCACCCAGACCCACGGAAAGCCUAGCAGGCCCCAUGGCCUCUUUCAGUCUCAGCAUGUGGCAGGCAAAGGUGAUCUCUGCAACCCAGUGCUUACUACACUAAAUGGGGUAGCUUCAGAUUCAACAAGAUACCAGCACACCACACCACCACCCAUACCCCCACCCCACCCACCUCACCCACCCUUGGUUCAAUAAAGUACAGCAAGAAAACGUGGUGCGUGUGGUGUCAACUUCAGGCCUCUAGGCACACUCAUGAGCUUCCAUGCUCGUGUGUGUGUGUGUGUGUGUGUGUGUGUGUGUGUGUGUGUGUGUGUGUGUCCCCAACACAUACAAGAAAAGGAUUAAUAAUACCUUAAUCAUUGUAAAUAAAAGGGCAUUACCUGUUUUUAAAACAGAAAAAAAUAUCCAAGCCUUGAAAAAUAAGUUGACUUUUUCUUGCAUCUUUCUUAUCAGUUGUAUUAAGUACCUGCAAAUGCUAAAAAAAAAAAAAAAAAAAAAGACUGCCAUUUCUGUGUAUAAUAGUCUUCCAAAAGACCGAAGUGUAUAUUAGGACAAUUGAAUGCCCCCAUGAUGACAAGUACUUUCACAGAUAGUACAGGCUUUAUCGAGAAUUCAUUUCUACUGUAACCUUUUAAAUGUAUCAUCAUCACACAGCAAGGAGGCACAAUGAGUAGUCAGAUCAGUGUCCAAGAACAGUAGUUUUAAAUGAUUAUGUAGAAAAAAAGUUUGCAGUAUCUGCCUACAAAUAAUGUUUUCAUUGAAACUUGUUAAAUAUGUUUUUUAGAUUAUCCUUGAUGUGCAGUAUGAUUUCACUGGGUGACUGAGUUGCUUUGAACUUGAGCCUUUAAUGUGCUUAAUUGCCCCUCGUUUGGGGGUAGAGAGGGCCUUAGCUAAGGCAGUGUUGCCUGAGUUUCCUGUGAGUUUUUCUGAUUUUAUUCUAGCACACAAACAGAUUCAGAUGCCUCCUGACUGUUUGCCCCUAUGCAUUGCUGAAAACAUUGUCAUGAAGUAUAUUAUAAUAAGGUGCAUUCAGUUUUCCCCUUAAGAGUUUGUAUCCAUGUUAAUACAUACAUAUUUGGUUAAUAGUGCCAAAAGCUGAAGAAAUUUUUAUAAUCUGUAAGAUAUUUAGUGUCGUCUAAUUUCAAUUAAAGAGUUUAUAAAGCCCCAAUGCAUAUGUGAAUGUGUGUGUGUGUGUGCCUCUGUGUUCACAUAGCCUGAAACAAUGGCCUAUGUGACUUACAGAGGAUAGCAUGAAGCUUCGGAGUUUCCCCUCUUAAAGAAUGCAGAGCCAUGCUGGGGGCCAUGGGGAGCGUGCUCCUUAGACAGUUUGGACGUGAUGACCUCUUUUCCUUCAGAUAAAUGUUUACAUAGGAAGGGAAGAAACUCAAUCACUUUACUCCUCCGCAGCUAUCCUAAGAAUUCCCUCUAAUGCUGCUGUUGAUUGCAGAGGGAGCUCCUGAAAUGACAGGCAUCAAGAAGGCAAGCUAGUGAGUCACCACUGAUUGAUUGUAUCAACACGCUCCCUUUUAUUGCAAGACAAAGAAAUGACUAGUAAUUCAGUAGGCUGGACUUAAAGACCUUGCACAGAAUUAGUAGCACAAUCCUUUCUCUGUUGGCAAGUUAAGGUAUUAUUGUGUGCUAAUUAGCACCACGAAAAGGGCCAAGAGAUUAAAGGUGGGUGGCAACUGCCUUUUUUCUAAACAAUCUUUGCUAUCCUUCCUCUUUCCCCUGGAGUUGGCAUUGGCUUGGUAGCAGUGUAUCUGAAUACUGGAGCAUUAAAAAAGACUGCUAAUGCCGUUUUUAUGCCUCUGACUUUGGUUUGUACUUUCAUUCUCCACAUAAUGUACAUUUAGAUGUAUCUUUCAGAUACUUAUUACAGAAGGUUCUUUGGUGUUGUUUUCAUAUGUAAUAUCUUCCUCAUUUUAUUUUUGAUGUUUACCUCUUUGACAAAGUCUUAUGUCCUUGCUAACCUUGCCACUUUUAUUUUAGGGUCAAGAAUAGCUCACUUUUAGUCAUCUCAAGAAUAACUCAUUUUUAGCCAACAGUACAGGUUUUCAGGAAGUGAUGGGCUUGCACGUCAUAGUGUGAGCAUAGUUGAGAGCAGGUGGAUGACCUGGUUUCAGUAGCCUUGAAUUUCUACUCAAGUUGAAAGCUGUAAGAGAAGUAGUUCUUAAACAAAUGUUCAUGUUUUAUAUAGAUUCUAUAGAUUAAUGUUAAGUUCAACAUUCCAUGGCAUGAGGUAUUUAUUUUUAUUCAUAUAAUAAAGAUGUGUGCAAAUACAGUGUUUUUAUGUUUUUAUAAUAAUGCAUAAUACUGAGUCUAGGAAUGCCCUUUCAAGACAUAUUAUAAUUAGAUGGUAGUAUUUGAAAUAUUGUACACAUAGCUACAUAGAUACUUUAGAGCUACUCAAACUAAUCUGGUCUUAUAUCCUUUAGUAUUAAGCAUGUAUGCAUUCAUUUUCAGUGAGGAGUAUGUAUCUUAGAGGUGUGUGGGUUAUCACUUAUGAGGGCUUACUGAGAUCAAGGUUCUCUGCAGGAAUGUUAAUGUCAUUGUAUUGUAUGGCUUGUCCUGGCCUCAGCUUCCUUAAUAAAUACAGUUUCCUCA